GGACAUUCUCAUGGUAAUGGCUGGGAGAGGAGUGAUGCCAUUCCAUUCACUCCGUUCCGGCCAUUAUAAUGAGCCGUCCUCCCCUCAGCAGCCUCCUGUGACUGCUCCAGGGCCCAUCUAUCAGAUACACGAUCAGUGCUCCCUCCGCUCAAUACACUACUUUUCCUAACUGCCUAUCAGAACAACAUAAGCGACUUGGAGAGAUUCUACUUGUAAUGAAAAGCCAGUGGUGGGGAAAAGUACCCAAUUUUCAUACUUGAGUAAAAGAAAGGAUUCCUUAAAAAAAAAAGUAACCCAGUAAAAUACUACUUGAGUAAAAGUUUUAAAGUAUUUGGUUUUAAAUGUGCUUAAGUAUCAAAAGUAAAAGUAUACAUAAUUUAAAAUGUCUUAUAUUACGCAUAAAAAGGGGCACAGUUCAACACUCAGACAUACUUUACAAAUGAUGCAUUUUUGUUUAGUCAGUCCACCAGAUCAGAGGCAGUAGGGAUGACCAGGGAUGUUCUCUUGAUAAGUGCGUGAAUUACACACAUUUCCCGUCCUGCUAAUCAUUCAAAAUGUAACGAGUCCUUUUGGCUGUCAUGGAAAAUGAGUAAUUAGUACAUUAUCUUCUUUAAGAAUACAGUGGAGUAAACGUUGUCACAAAUAUAAUUAGUAAAGUACAGAUACCCCCAAAAAACGACGUAAGUAAAAAUACUUUUAAGUUCUACUUAACUACUUUACACAACUGUGAAAAGCCCAAUAUAAAAUGUAUAUAUUAUUAUUAUUAUAAGGGCGGCAGGUAGCCUAGAGGUUAAGAGCGUGGGGCCAGUAACCAAGUGGUUGCAGGUUUGAAUCCUUGAGCCGACUAGGUGAAAAAUCUUGAUCAGGGCACUGAAAGUAACUCUACUUACUCCUGUAAAUUGCUCUGGAUAGGAGCGUCUGUUAAUUGACAAAAAAAUAUUAUUACAUUUCUUAUCCAGCAGGUGGAGCCCCAUGGAAUACCACCCACUAGGGAAUAAUAUUACGUCAUACAGCCUUAACCAGGAAGUAGGAAAAACAAUCGGCGAGAAGAGUGACACCAUAGACUGUAGUUAGUCUGAAACGUUUUAAAAGGACAUUAUUUCCAUAUAGUUUAGAUCACAGAAUGUCCGUGUUUGGGAAGCUGUUCGGCGGUGGGGGGAAAGGAGGGAAAGGGCCGAGUCCACAAGAUGCAAUUCAGAAACUCCGAGACACAGAGCAGAUGUUAGCGAAGAAACAGGACUUUCUAGAGAAAAAGAUUGACCAGGAACUCAUAACUGCAAAGAAAAACGGCACAAAAAACAAACGAGCGGCCCUGCAGGCCUUGAAAAGGAAGAAGCGGUACGAGAACCAGCUUACCCAGAUCGAUGGCACAUUGUCCACCAUCGAGUUCCAGAGGGAGGCGCUGGAAAAUGCCAAUACCAAUACUGAAGUGCUCAAAAACAUGGGCUUUGCCGCCAAGGCAAUGAAGGCUGCCCAUGAAAACAUGGACAUAGACAAAGUAGAUGACUUGAUGCAAGACAUCACUGAGCAGCAGGAGCUGGCGCAAGAGAUCUCAGAUGCCAUCUCAAAACCUGUAGGCUUUGGAGAGGAGUUUGAUGAGGAUGAACUCCUGGCAGAGUUGGAUGAGCUGGAACAAGAGGAAUUGGACAAAAACUUGCUGGAGAUCGGCGGGACAGAAGAUGCCCAUCUACCCAAUGUGCCUUCUACUUCAUUACCCUCCAGACCAGCCAAGGAGGAUGAAGACGAGGAUGACAUGGAUGACUUACAGCGCUGGGCGAUGGAGGCCAUGUAGUUGCAUUACUGACACCACCUGCUGUAGAGGGAAAGAAAGGACUUAUUGAAUAUGGUUGUUUUGUGUCCGAGGAGAACCAACCACCUAAAACUAUCACUACAAAGGCCAAUGCUGUAGGUUCUGUUUCCCGCCCAAAACUAGAGAAAGGGUACCAUGGCCUUGCAUGAAAAGAUGAAGUAAAAAACCUGUAUAAAAGCUAUAAACAGGAUGUUUGAAUCAAAAUUCUCAAAAUAAGUUUAGCAUAAUCAACACCCGCUCUUGCAUUUGGGCAGUUAUUGUAAUAUCACUUAACUGUUCUAUUGCCUUUGUCUGUGGGAUGUUAUGAACAUCACUGACAAAUUUACAUUUUAAUACAUGGGAGUUGCAAUGUCUAUUUUUCCGACUUAAACAUAUUUAUCGUGUGGCGUAGUGGGUGUGGUCUAGAUGUUUUUAUUAGUACUUACUUUUUGUUUAAUUUCUACCAAAAUAGGAAGAAAUAUGAGCAUGCGCUCAUGGUAAUGUUUAGAAUGGUCUAUUUUCAGGAUUGUUAUUCUGAAACUUUUGUUUUACAACAUUUUGACUAUUCCAACUCCAAAGCAUCCUCACCAUGUGACACUUGUGAUUUGAAGGAAAUAUCUCAAUUGUUUAUAUUGUUGCUGGCACGGGUUUUCUUCAUGUGCUAAGCAUGCAAUGAGGCAAAUCUUAAUACACCGCACAGCUUUAGAGAAAGAGAAACUCCACCAUGUUCUGUUGUCUCUUUUCUGAAAAAGUUUAUUUUAUGUUGAAAAAAAGUCUACAUAUUAACUGCAGCAAAAAAUAAGAUAAUGCUUUGUAAUGAAUAGAUUAGAAGGUAGAUAUAGUAUCAACAUUUUGGAUUUGAGCAUUAGUUAAUUUUUUAAGCAAUGUAUUAAAACAAAAAUACAUAGGAAAAUGACAAGGAUAAGCAUGUUUGCAUUCCUAUGGUUUAUUUAUCCAGAUGAGAACAUUAUUUGGAAAAAUCAUUAAAGUUUUGGAUUAUUUUAUUGUGGGUGAGGUUUUUCUUGCUUAGGGAUCAGUGAAUUAGUAGAAUUUAAAAAAAAAUGUAUUACUUUGAAAUCA